GCGUGCGACAGCAUGGAGGAGGGAGUGCACGCAAUGGCCGACGAGGGCGCAGAAACGUCCGCUGUGAUGCGAGUGAACCUCAAGUUCAUCGACGAGGUUGCAAUCGGGAUGACGGUGGAGCGCGGCAUCCGCAUUGAUGCAUUGAAGGCUCAAAUAUGUGAAGUUAAAGGCACCGCCGCCGCGACGCAGCGACUGAUUUACAAAGGCAAGGUCCUCAGAGAUAACAUGCAUCUUCACGACUACAACUUCAAGGACGGCGACACGGUACACGUGGUGGUAACUCCGCCACGACCGAUCACCAUAACAACACUCGCCACCCCAACAAACAGUGUUCCCGACCCAACCGCGAGCAACGCCACCGAGGACGCCCAGCCCGGCACCUCUCUCGUCGUGGUACCCUCAGCGCCCGUCGAUAUGCUUGCAAUGGAGGAAUCUGCCCCGAUAUCAACAAUUGUGUGGUCCCGGCCCGGUAUUCGUCGAUUACCCCGCCACCGUAUCGAUGAGCUACUCGUUCAAGCCACGGGUCUCCGUCAAGCUGCCGAACGCCUCUCCGAGGCCACAACUUCGCUAUCCCAUUCACCACUGGCGUCAAGUUUGAGUGCAUUUAGCAAUGCUCUUCUGGUUCUAGCACGCCAGGUGUCGAUGCUCGUGCAAACUAUCGAAGCAGGGCGCGGCGUUGGCGACGAUUCGGCCUUGACGCAAAGUAUCACUGACGCCGUGGACCUACUUCGUCAACUUGAAACGAUUGCUCCGUCGGUCCGCGACGUGCUAUCCACGGCCUUGGCUCCACCGGAAGACGCCACCACCACCAUAUCCUUGAUACAACUCGUCCCCUCCUCGGCCGGCGGAUCUACCCAAGGGAAUAUAUCGGGCAUCAACAUCAUGAUGGCGUUGCUACAAGCUCUGGGCAACACUUUGAGAGGGUCGGCGCAACCAAAUUCCGUCGCAAAUGCUCCACGUGUCAGUGACGCCGCCAUCACUCCUACCAUCACGGUAGGCCCUAGCCAAGUCCAGCCACAACCAGAACCGUCCCCAUCCUUCAGUGAUGCCCGGACGCCGAUGCUGGGAGCAGACACUCCGCUCUCUGCCCUGCUCGAUUUGGUAUUUUCCCACAUCCAGUCCGUGUUCAGCUCGCAUCUUUUGGAGCGUCAUCGGUUGCAUGAGCUACCGACUGAAUGCCUGGAAACGCUUCAUGUACCUCUUCGGCGGGUGUUACGGAGGGCAUUGGGCUUUGUCGACGACACCGCGCCAUCGCAUUUGCCCAAGCGCUGCAAAGUUUGGGCCCGAGCCGCGGCGCGACAGUUCCAGUUGUGGCUGAGUGAGGCCACGAUGAACAUUCGGCGGGGUCCCGUCCGUCGAGAAUUCACGGAUGGGUCCAUGCACAUCCCGCUGUUUCAGGCGCUGGUGAUCGUCGUGUUGUCAAGCAGGUCGUCGGCGGAUUUUGCGACCGAUCUGCGACGAUGGGGCUGGCGCAGUGUGUCGAAUCUCCUGCACGCGUUGGUGGUUCAGCUCGACAUGGUCGACGAGCCGCACGCUUCCACCGAUGGGCUGGCGAUGACGGUGAUCGAGCGUAUCGUGCGGAAGCUGACGGACGUGGCGCGCGACAACGGCGUGUUGGGCGAUUCCGGCCUCGGAGUCGUUCGCCACGUAAUUGUGUCGGUCGCUCGCGAGUGUUUGGAGGCGCAAGCACACCACGUGUCGGCGCUUGUUGAGCCGCAUGUGUAAACCAACUGAAGCAUCACCCCGUUAGUCUGCUGUAGUACGUAUUGGAAAUCGAGUCGACUUGUAUCUGCCUGAGUGUUCCAUGACGGUGGUAUGCCAUGCGAUGGUUCUAGUUCUUGAAGGAGCCGACGACGCCAGCGGUACGUGCACUCGCAGCACAUUGUCGACGUGGGCCACUCGUGGGUUUGUGGCACAUACCAGCCAUGAAAUCGACAUGGAGUUUCAACGACAGCGCCGACGAGUCUGCAGUGAUGUCGAGGUGGCCAGCCUCUCCCCCUAGCUACGAGAAUCGUGAUGAGGUCACCAUCUGCAAGCAGGGACAAAAAGUUGGCACCGAGAUGCGCGUUCCAACUUCGUGUCCCAGCUUGCUGAUCGCCGCGCCGCCAUCGUCUUGCGCGUCAUGCGCUUGAGUCCGUUCGUCAAGUCGACCUGUUACAUGGUUUCAAUUCAACGCAAGCGUUCACCACCAUGGCAAAUCGGGCGUAGCCAGUCCGUUGGACAACGCAAUGGAGGUUCCAGCCGUGUGCCCCGCAAGCGUGUCGUCGGCGGCCCAGGGGUGCACUCGAAUUGAAUGCAUGCAAAUCGCCACGCUGUCGGCCAUCCGUCGCCACCGAAAACCGCUGCUUCACGCACAAGAAUCCUUGCGGCAUGGUGCCGAGGCUUUCAGAGUCAUGUGACGUAGGGUGCUUUGAUGCUAGGCGCAAUUGCCCAACGCGGCCAGG